UUCCACCACCACCACCGCCUUCCCUCCUCCCUUCCACCACCACCACCGUCUGCAUUUAUUAACCACCCCUCAUCCACGACCUCUCAGAUCUCUCUUCAACCGAUGUCAUCUGCUCCUGCCCCGGCUGAGGCACGCAUUGCGUACGGUACAAACCGCAAACACCCCCCCUCUCUCUCUCUCUAAUCGAUGCCGGUCCGUUGUGUCACCUGAGGCGACACGCUUAGACUUCUCAUUGUCAUGGUUGUGGGAGUUCGCUGCCCAGCCUCCUGCAUUGCGUAUUUGCAUGCUUGGUGUUCGCUUCCUUCUUCGACAACAGGAUUCUAAAAGCAAUCAUACAGGGGACAUGGCGAGGCCUUACAAGCCUAAGAAUAUCCUCAUUACAGGAGCUGCUGGCUUUAUCGCAUCCCAUGUCGCGAUCCGUGUUACCAAGAAGUACCCCGAUUACAAGAUCGUUGUCCUUGACAAACUUGACUACUGCUCUAAUCUGAAGAACCUGCUCCCUGUGAGCUCGUCACCAAACUUCAAGUUUGUCAAGGGAGAUAUUGCAAGCGCUGAUCUUGUCAACUUCCUUCUUGUCACGGAGAAAAUUGACACCAUAAUGCACUUCGCAGCCCAGACACAUGUUGACAAUUCAUUUGGGAAUUCUUUCGAAUUUACCAAGAACAAUAUUUAUGGUACACAUGUUCUUCUUGAGGCCUGCAGGAUUACUGGUCAGAUCAAGAGGUUCAUCCAUGUCAGCACUGAUGAGGUCUAUGGGGAGACUGAUGAGGAUGCAGUUGUUGGGAACCAUGAAGCAUCACAGCUGCUUCCCACAAACCCAUAUGCAGCCACCAAAGCGGGAGCAGAGAUGCUUGUCAUGGCAUAUGGGAGAUCCUAUGGACUUCCGGUUAUCACCUCUCGAGGAAACAAUGUCUUUGGCCCCAAUCAGUUUCCUGAGAAGCUUAUCCCAAAGUUUAUUCUUUUGGCAAUGAGAGGGGAGCCACUCCCUAUCCAUGGUGAUGGAGGCAAUGUCCGUAGCUACAUCUAUUGUGAGGAUGUUGCGGAGGCAUUUGAGGUCAUCCUACAUCAUGGAGAAGUUGGACAUGUGUAUAAUAUUGGAACAAAGAGAGAGAGGACAGUAAUUGAUGUAGCAAAAGAUGUUUGUAAGCUUUUCAGUCUUGAAGCUGGCAAAGUCAUCAUGUUUGUCGAGAACAGACCUUUCAAUGACCAGAGGUAUUUCUUGGACGAUGAGAAGCUCAAGAGCCUUGGAUGGGCUGAGCGCACCCCAUGGGAGGAAGGCUUAAAAAAGACAAUGGAAUGGUAUGUAGCAAAUUCUGAUUAUUGGGGUGAUGUUUCUGGGGCCUUACUGCCUCAUCCAAGGACAUUGAUGAUGCCAGGGUACGAGGGCUCUGAAGAGAUUAAAGGAAUUCUCAGUCAGUUCAAUAACAUUCAAACAAAGGUCACUUCAACAUUGGAUACUGCUCUAGAAACGCAUGCCUUCAAGUUCCUGGUAUAUGGCAGGACAGGAUGGAUCGGUGGACUUCUUGGAAAAAUAUGUGAGAAGAAAGGAAUUCCAUAUGAGUAUGGAAAAGGCCGCUUGCAAGAACGUUCUUCACUCAACCUGGAUAUCCAAACUAUUAAGCCAACACAUGUCUUCAAUGCCGCUGGUGUUACUGGAAGGCCCAAUGUUGACUGGUGUGAGUCACACAAACCAGACACCAUUCGUACCAAUGUUGUGGGCACCUUAAAUCUAGCAGACGUAUGUAGGGAGCAUGGCUUAUUGAUGAUGAACUACGCGACUGGGUGCAUAUUUGAGUAUGAUGCAGAUCAUCCUGAAGGGUCAGGUAUUGGUUUCAAAGAGGAAGAUACACCAAAUUUUACAGGUUCAUUCUACUCGAAGACGAAGGCAAUGGUCGAGGAGCUAUUGAGGGAGUAUGAGAAUGUCUGCACUCUGCGAGUUCGAAUGCCAAUAUCCUCUGACCUCAACAACCCCCGAAACUUUGUGACAAAGAUCAGCCGUUACAACAAGGUGGUGAACAUCCCCAACAGCAUGACGAUGUUGGACGAGCUCCUGCCUAUCUCAGUGGAGAUGGCAAAGAGGAACCUGCGGGGCAUCUAUAACUUCACCAACCCUGGUGUUGUCAGCCACAACGAGAUCCUAGAGAUGUACAAGCAGUACAUCGACCCUAGCUUCAAGUGGACAAACUUCACCCUUGAGGAGCAGGCCAAGGUUAUUGUCGCGCCACGAAGCAAUAAUGAGAUGGAUGCAACCAAGCUGAAGAAAGAGUUCCCCGAACUGCUAUCGAUCAAAGACUCGUUGAUCAAGUUUGUCUUUGAGCCCAAUAGGAAGGUGCCUAUAAACUGAAGGGACAGCACAGUUAUUACUGUACAACACAGUAACCAUUAUAAGCAAGUAUAUAGUAGGAGCAAAUUGCCACAAUUGAUUCAUUAGAAUGUUAUUCCUCAUACAUAGCAGCAUAUCUUAACUAUCGAUUGAUUUACAGCUGAAUAGGCGAUGUAUAUAAAUAUGGUAAUCAACACUGACCAUUGCCCAAUUUGUUGGAGACAUCACCAGCCUAUGUGUACCACCACUUUGUCCAAUAGGAAGCUGGAAUGAUUCUAUGAUACUACUCAAUCUGA